CGGCGGGUCGGCGGGGCUGGUUAAAAGCCGCGAGGCCGCGGCGGCUGCAGGCGGCGGGCACGGACGGCGGGCACCGCGCAGCACUCCCCGCUCGGUGGCCCCGGGAUCCCAGCGCGGACCCACGCGAUACGCUGACGCCCCGACGCCGAUCUGGCCGAGCCAAGUAAGGGGGGCAGCCCAGGACGGAGAAGGGAGAGAGUGGGCGUUUCCCAGCCCGCAGAACUUUGGAAGUUGAGAAAAGAGCCCCUGGAACGUGCGUUCUGCGCUGGGCUUUUCUGGACCCAACGAUGACUCUGAAUAAUGUCACCAUGCGCCAGGGCACUGUGGGCAUGCAGCCGCAGCAGCAGCGCUGGAGCAUCCCAGCUGAUGGUAGACAUCUCAUGGUCCAGAAAGAGCCCCACCAGUACAGCCACCGCAGCCGUCAUUCUGCUGCCCCUGAGGACCAGUGCCGCCGAAGCUGGUCCUCCGACUCCACAGACUCAGUCAUCUCCUCUGAGUCAGGGAACACCUAUUACCGGGUGGUGCUCAUAGGGGAGCAGGGGGUGGGCAAAUCCACUCUGGCCAACAUCUUUGCAGGCGUACAUGACAGCAUGGACAGCGACUGUGAGGUGCUGGGAGAAGAUACAUAUGAACGAACCCUGAUGGUUGAUGGAGAAAGUGCAACGAUUAUACUCCUGGAUAUGUGGGAAAAUAAGGGGGAGAAUGAGUGGCUCCAUGACCACUGCAUGCAGGUGGGGGACGCAUACCUGAUUGUCUACUCAAUCACAGACCGAGCCAGCUUCGAGAAGGCGUCUGAGCUGCGAAUCCAGCUCCGCAGGGCCCGGCAGACAGAGGACAUUCCCAUCAUUUUGGUUGGCAACAAAAGUGACUUAGUCCGGUGUCGGGAAGUGUCUGUAUCAGAAGGAAGAGCUUGUGCUGUGGUGUUCGACUGCAAGUUCAUCGAGACCUCCGCGGCUGUCCAGCACAACGUGAAGGAGCUGUUUGAGGGCAUCGUGCGGCAGGUGCGCCUUCGGCGGGACAGCAAGGAGAAGAACGAGCGGCGGCUGGCCUACCAGAAAAGGAAGGAGAGCAUGCCCAGGAAAGCCAGGCGCUUCUGGGGCAAGAUCGUGGCCAAAAACAACAAGAAUAUGGCCUUCAAGCUCAAGUCCAAAUCCUGCCAUGACCUCUCUGUGCUCUAGGAACCCAGAGUUACCCAAAUGUCCCUUUGAUGGACAUUGUUGAAGGCCAUUGGGACUAAUAAUCUAUAUUAGAUUGGAUACUUAAGUAUUGUUAGAUGUGGUUUCCCCCAUUGUAGCAGGGAGCUAGUGUAUUAACCUCUUGGGCCACAUGAUGCAUGGGAAAUGAAAGAUCUUUGUAAAGAGUCAGUAUUUAUUUCCAGGAAAAGCCUGACCUUGCUAUUUGAACACCCAAGACUCAUUAGAGGAUGUGUUUGGUGUUCUCAUGUGUUUCUUCUCUUUUGGAUAGUAGAGAAGUAAAGCUUACAAAGAAUGCCUAGAACAAGCACUUUUCAUCAUUAAAAUUUUGCCCAUUGUUCUGA